GGCAGCAAAUCUACCAGGAAAACGCCGCUGCUUCUACUUUCCUCCCCCGCUGCCGCACGCGCACCCAGGAGAUAAGAAAACUUGCACGAGGGGGCGAUCCGAUUUCCUAGCCUGAAAACUGGGGGUUUUCAACCCCCAUUCGUGCGCCCUCAGCAUUGUUCCCUUCUGCACGCCUCCCUAGGUUACUUCCUUCAACACUCAACACACUGUAUAAUACUACAUAGCUGCUGCUUAUAUGUACUGGCAGUACCGCUACCUAACCGGCGGAAGCUUGCAGUUUGCCGGGCCGAGCUGCUCCUCCUGAUGAAGCUUGUGAUGGAGAUGGAUAUGGAGACGGAGGUGGAGCUGUCGCCGGUUGCGAAAGCCGAGACGGCCGUGUUCAGCCCUUACUCCAGCCCGAGCAUGGCCUUGUUGCUGCAGAGGAGAGUUGUGGCAUGGGCGAAGGAGACCGGGUCUCCGGCGACGGUCCGCGUCCGCGUCGGCGACAGAAGCUUCGAUCUGCACAAGGAUCCACUGGUGUCCGGGUGCAGGUAUUUCAGCCAGGCGUUGCUCCAGUCCGGCGAUCUCGAGCUGCCGGCAAGCUUCCCGGGAGGCUGCGAGGCCUUCGAGGUGAUCGCGCUGUUCUGCUACGGCGACGCCGUGGCGCUCGACCCGUUCAACGUCGCGGUGGUGCGGUGCGCGGCGGAGUUCCUAGACGUGGGCGGCCUGGGCGCGCGCUGCGACCUCUACAUCAACCAGGUGGUGCUGCAGAACUGGGACGACGCCCUCAUCGUCCUGCAGCGGUGCCAGCCCCUGCUCCCCGUCGCUGAGGAGCUCCUCAUCGUCAGCCGCUGCGUCGAGUCGCUGGCGUUCAUGGCCUGCAUGGAGAUAUUUGACCCGGAGCAGCGGCGGGACCAGCCCGGCGCCGCCGCCACGCGCGCGGUGGUCGGGCGCCGGUGGGACGCCGAGCUCGUCAAGGAGCUCGCGGCGCGCGACCUCUGGAUCAAGGACCUGAUCGCGCUCCCGUUCGAGUUCUUUAAGCGGAUCGUGCAGGCGCUUCGGCGGCAGGGCAUGAAGGAGAAGUACGUGAGCCCCGUCGUGCUCUUCUACGCGAACAAGUGGGUGCUCUCCAAGAAGACGCACAAGUUCUGGGCGAGCACGGACGAGGCCGUUGACGGCGAGACGGACGCGAACAGGAGGGCCACCGCGAUCCUGGAGGGCGUGAUCGCGCUGCUCCCGGUCGAGGCAGCGGCGAGCAACGCGAUCCCUGUGGCUUUCUACUUUGCUCUGCUGUCGCGGUCCCUCACCCUCGAGCUGAGCGUCGAAAGUCAGACAAGACUGCGGGAACUGGUGGCGUCCAAUCUGCAGUUCGCCCGCGUGGACGACCUGCCGCUGCCGGAGCAAGAAACCGACUGGUCCGUCGCCGACAGCCUGGAGGUGAGGACAGUUGAGAGCAUCGUCUCAAACCAUGUCGCCAUGCAAAGAAGAGGUGUGGAGGCCAUCGCCGAGCUGUGGGAUCGGUACCUCGUGCAAAUCGCUGGUGAUCCGAAGCUCCGAUCGGAGAGGCUAGCAGAGCUGAUCGGCGUCAUUCCGGCCGGCGACCGGAAUACCCACAACCAUUUAUACGAAGCAAUCAACGCAUACUUAAUGGAGCAUCGAGGUUUGUCGGGGGAGGAGAAGGAGACGCUGUGCGGGCACCUCGACUGCCGGAAACUGUCGCACGAGGCGUGCAUCCAGGCGGUGCAGAACGAUCGGAUGCCGCUCCGACUGAUCGUGCAGGCGCUGUUGGUGCAGCAGCUGCACACGCACCGCGCCUUCACGGAGUGCUCCGACUCGUUCCGGUGCAUGCACUCCGGGGAGCUGGCACCGGGCGCCGCCGCGUACACGCCGAGCCCCGGGUGCCCCGCCAUCCCCACCAGCCAGCCCCUCAGCGGCGGCAGCCCGUACGCGGACGCUCACGACAGCCACCACGCCCCGCGCGACGCGAAGCUCCGCGCCCGCGACGACGCGUCGGACUACGAGACGGCCAGCUUCAGGAUCCAGGCGCUGGAGCAGGAGAUCCUCUCGCUGAAGCAGACCCUGCAGCGGCACAACACCCUGAAGGGCUCGGCGCGCAGGGACGGUACUAAGGAGCCGAGAUUCAGGGUCGCAUCGGACGCAGGCACGCCAGCUGCGGCGGUCAGGCGGCGAGCCGCGGUGUCCGGCAGCUGCAUUGGGUCCAUGCGCUGGGUCUCGCAGCGGCGGUGCGCCAGUAGGAUCCUGAGCGUUUUCGCGAGACUGGCCUUGUUCGGGAGGGGUCGGUCGAGGGGGAAGCAGAGCAAGCGCAGGGCAGCAACGGAGCAGCUCAGGAGGAAAGGAAACUGAACUUUUACUUGUGGAAAAGGGUGUACAGAUGUUACGCUCGACUCGGUGACAGUGGUGAAUUUAAAAUAAAAAUAAUUAGAUAUCUUACUUGUUAAGUUAGAGUUUCGGUAUCUUAUUUAUUAGAUUAAAGGGUAUUUUAUAAGCUUGGUAGACAUGAUGGAUAGAAAAUGAAAAAUUAUCUAGUGUACUGUGCCUCUAGCCUAAAACGUGAGUCCACCCCUGCUGGGUGACCAUGUAAGCAGUGUUUUGUUGUGUACAUAUUGCUAGCGGUAUUCAAGAUUUGAAGGGUAGUUACUGUUAGCGAUUUCAAUUUUAUUUUAUAGUUUUUUGGGUUCACCG